AAAAAACACUGUGUGCAUAAUAACGCUGUCCUUGUUUAAGUUCAAAAGAGCGUUUCAGCUGCUUUGCUGGUAGUUUGGUUAGAGGCAUCAUGGGGAGAGCUGUGGUGCAAAUCACACUCAUAGGACUCCUUUUUGCUUUGGCCUCCACACUGCCAAACAAGGAUGACUGGGACAUCUACAGCUUUCACAUUAACUCCACAGUGACCAGUCGUUAUGCCACCACUGUCAUCACAAGCCGUGUGGCCAAUCGUAUGGACGAAUCAAAGGAAAUUGAAUUCCAUGUUCGGCUUCCCAAGAAUGCCUUCAUCAGUAAAUUUCGAAUGUUUAUCGAUGGCCAAGUUUAUGAUGGUGUUGUGAAAGCUAAGGAGCAAGCUCAGCAGCAGUACACUGAAGCUGUGUCCCGUGGUGAAAGUGCUGGACUUGUCAGUUCUGUAGGAAGGACUCUGGAGGAAUUUAAAACCUCUGUAACUGUGGCUGCUCACAAAAAGGUCACUUUUGAACUCACAUAUGAGGAACUGAUGAAACGCACACAUGGCAAGUACGAGCUGCAAAUCCAUGCUCGACCCAUGCAGCCUGUCAGAGACUUCAAGGUGGAUGUGCACAUUCACGAGGAAGCUGGCAUCAGUUUCAUUGAUGUGAAAGGAGGCCUGAGCACCAAAGCCCUCGCUAACGCCAUCACCAAAACACAUGCAGAUAAACAGGCGUGGGUGUAUUUCUAUCCAACAGUCGACCAACAGAAAAUGUGUGACAGCUGUGGAGAUCAGGGUAUGAAUGGAGAUCUGGUUAUUGUUUAUGAUGUUAACAGGGACAAUGGACUGGGACACAUCAAGAAAUCUGACGGGUACUUUGUUCAUCAUUUUGCUCCAUCUGAUCUUCCUCGGAUACCAAAAAACGUCGUCUUUGUUAUUGAUCAAAGUGGCUCAAUGCAUGGCAGAAAAAUUGAGCAGACUAGGACUGCAUUAGUCCACAUUUUGAAUGAUCUGGCAGAAGAUGAUCACUUUGGUCUGAUCACUUUUGAUGACAGAAUUUCUUACUGGAAGCGAGAACUCGUUCAGGCCAACAGCAAAAACCUGGAAAGCGCCAAAAACUUUGCACGCAAUAUUCAAGACAGAGGAUCCACAGACAUAAAUAAAGCAGUGUUGCAAGGAGCACGUAUGCUGAAUGCACAUAACAGAGAAGGUUCAGCAUCUAUCCUUAUACUUCUCACAGAUGGAGACCCAACCUCAGGGGUGACAAAUCUGGAGAAAAUCCAGUCAAAUGUAAGACAGGCUAUUGCAGGCAAAUUCCCACUGUACUGUCUUGGUUUUGGUUUUGAUGUUAAUUUUAAUUUCCUUGAGAAAAUGUCGCUGCAAAAUAAUGGUGUGGCACGGCGGAUAUAUGAAGACUCUGAUGCUGAUUUACAGCUGAAGGGUUUCUAUGAAGAGGUGGCCACACCUCUACUGACAGAUGUGACAAUGAUCUAUGUGGGUGGGACCAAUCUAACCCAGACUAACUUCAGUCACUAUUAUAAUGGUUCUGAGAUUGUGGUGGCCGGUGAGAUCACAGAUAAUAACAUUGAAACCUUCACCCCUCAAGUUGUGGGCAUUUCAAGUAAUAGAAGAAUAAUAUUCUCUAACCCAAGUGAAACCGUGGAAUCCACUGGAACAGUGUCUGAUGACCGUCUCCAGAGGGUUUGGGCAUACCUCACAGUUAAACAGCUUCUGGACAAAGAGCUUCAAUUAUCUGGACCUGAGAAAGAGAAAGUGAAGAAGGAAGCUAUGGCGCUGUCACUGAAGUACAGCUUUGUGACUCCUCUCACAUCUAUGGUGGUCACAAAGCCUCCAGGAGAGAACACAGAUGUGCUUCAUAAACCCAAGGAAGGUGAAACAUCACAGAGAUGGCCGUCGCCAGGAGGUCAACCCAAUUUAGCACACCUUACUCCUGCUAGUGGUUAUAGAGUGCGGGUGGUUCCGUUUGCUGAUUUCGACAUGUCUUAUGAUUUCGAAACUGCAGCUCCUCUUCUCCACAGGUUUUUGUUCAACUCAACUGGGAAUCAGACUGUUCCACUCUGCUUUGACUUCAGUGGAGCUAUAAUCCUUAAACUAUUUCACCACCCCAGCAGAGACCUGUCUGUUAAUGGUGAGCUAGAUUCAAUUGCAAACGGAGGUUUCAGUAAAAUUUUUAUACACCUCAAAACUCACCAGCAUGUUGAGGUUGACGCUGAAUCACAGAGGGUCACUGUACGAGAUGGACAGACAGUGACAUAUCAAGCUGCUGGACAGGAUCCCUCGACAGUUGGCAGUGUUACAGUGACUGUGUACAACACUGAAAUUCACAUUGCAGCUGAAGACAUUCUCCUGGUCAUCUCACAACAUGAGAAAAAUGGCCAAAGACUCCUUUGGCCAGUUUUAAGACAGCAACCCUCAACCAACAACACCGAAGGACUUUUAGCUGUAAAGCCAGCAGUGUAUGAGGUGGUGCAGCAAGUUCCUGUCACAAAACUAAAGAUUAAAAACCAAGAGACAGAUGUUACAAGUGACAGCGCUAUUGACUACAGCACCGACCCUCCUGUCACAAAGAACUGCUGGCUUAUGCCUGCUGACUCUGCCCUGCAGAGACCACUGGCAGAUUUUUUCAUGGCACAACUUUAAGUGUGAACUAUGCUGAAUUACUAGAAAAUAUGUGGUUUAAAAGUAGAGAAAACAUUAUUAAUUAUUAUUAUUAUUAUUAUUAUUAUUAUUAAUAAUAAUAAACUUAUUGUGGAAAAUGUCCUUCCACCUGUUAAAAUGAACAAAUAAAGUAUCCCAGAUUGCAGAAUGA